AUCUAGCCUAUGAGGAAGGUGCUUUGAAUGUCCCGGAACUUUGUAGCUGACACAAAUAUUUCUCCUCAAAAACCCACCGAGCUUAGAAAAAAAAAAACUCGGGAGAAAUUGUGUCAGUACACACUGAUCUCGCUGGUUCUAGAUAUGACUUACCGCUAAUAAACAAUUCACCAAAGCAGAUUAAAUUUGUUUAGUUACGUUUACUGUGUUCUUAAUUCAUUGGAUAAAGUGUUGAAAACUUGGAAUAUUUUCUACACAGACCUGUCGAACUGGAUGUAAUUAAACAGCCGAACGGGACAGGUGUGUCUUAGUGCGGUGGUGACCGUAUAAGUUGAAGGAUAUGAACUUUACUGUUGUCUUAAGCCGUCUGCUGUUCAGUCGUCCACGCGUGGAGGUACUCAUUUUCAACAGUAGGCCCUAUAUGAAAACAAUGAAAUUAUUUUAUAUUAUUUUAAAAAAAACUAUGAAGUUAGUUUUCUUUCGCCAUGGAGGUUAUUCAUUAAGAACAAUAAAUAAAUUAAAAUGUGAAUUCACAAGACAAAUCCGCGUAAUUAACCCUAAGAGGACUGGCAAAAAUAUGCAGACUUGUUAACCCUUAGAGGGACUUUGGAGACCCCCUAACUAUGCUGUAGGAAUCUAAACUCUUUGACAGGAUGGAGUCUAGACCAGAGAUAAACGAUUUGGUUCUAGACGCCAGUGCCUUCCUGCUGUCCGAGGAGUUUGUCCAGCAACUGGCCACUGAACUCGAGCCUUAUCGUCUGCAGGUGUCUCAGGAGCUUGGCCUGCCGUCUAACGCGGCACUGCCUGAGGGGCUACUGACCUGGAAGAACCAAUCUGGCGCCACACUCUUCGUGUUGAUCGGCAUCCUCAAGAAGAUCAGGAGACCCAACUGUAUUGACAUGAUCGCCGCUUACAUGGCUAAAAAUACGAUGCAGCUGUAUGUGAAGGUGGACAGCGAUGUUGAAGGUCGUCCUCACCUGUCCAACCGUCGCUUCCAUGAGGUCACCACAUGGCCAGACGUCACCCUGGAGGAGGCGCUGAAGAACAUUCUCAGCGGAAGUCUGCGGAACUACGAGAUAGCGGGCCCAGGACCGGAUGUCACUUGGCAAACCAAGGCAAAGGACAUUAAGGGGAAACAACUGACAUUAUUGCAUCAUGACCAGCCCGCUCAUGAAAUAUCGCUGAACACAUACAGGAUGAUGGAUGAAAAUACUCACCCAAAAGCCUUCAAUCACAUGAACAUUUCAGGCUACAACAGUGGGAUGAUCCCUGACCCAACAAAGAUAGAAAACUUGAAGUAUAAAGACACUCUAUCUGUUGAUUACAUGGCAGUCAGUAAUUCCAACAACAUGAUAGUGACCACCCCUGAGCCCCACAGCUCCAUGUUGCCUGAGGGACGCUCUGACACCCUCACCCACUUCACUGAUGACAACAUGGAGUUUGAGUACACCCUACACUCCCAGACCCACGCCAAGAUCCCCAUGUUUAGAGAAGACCCCAACUUCGAGGCCUCGGGCAGCAAAAAGUUCCACAACAAAAAAGUUUUUGACAGCCCCGUAGAUCAGCAGCCAUCCAACCUGUUGUCUCAGCCUGCGGGGAAUGUGCCCAACUUCAGCAUCAUCAUCAACGAGGACAGCCAUUCACAACUGUGUAAAAACUUGGAGCCAGAAAAUGACAUGAAACAAAGCAACAUACACAUCAACAGCCAAUGUAUGCCACACAAUGCACCUCUCAACAGAAUUAUUCAUCCAUCUAGUCAAAUACCUCAACAAUUAGUUGAUAAGACAUUGAGUAAUAAUUUUCACAUGAUUGAAAAUGUGAAAAGCUCUGAUACCAAUAUGGAAACUGAUGAGCUCUCAGAACACAGCAUAGAAUCAUCUUUUUCCUCCAGUUUCUUGAAAAAGAUCCCUGAUUCCCAUGUUGAUGAUUUAGAUCAGCCGGAGUAUGUUCCCUUAGAAUUUCUAAAAAGUCAAAGUUUAAAAAGACAUGAAAAGCAAAACUCCUUUGCCUGCUCAGACAUGGAGGUCAAAGAUUGCUCAGAAACAAUGACAAACAAACUCUCAGAUUCACAGAGAGAUUUCUUGGAUUCACAGAGGGUUUUCUCAGCUCCACACUGCCAGGAACCUCCCAAAAAGCCUCACCAGGAACCUCACCCUGAACAUUUCCAUCCUGUUAGUGACAUCAGUCCAAGCAGGGAAGACGCUCCACAGCUAAAUCAACAACAUCUGUAUCGCCACACACCUCCACCCCAACAUUUGAACUUGCCAGACUUCAUUAGCUCGCAACUUCAUGGGGUGAGUGAGCGAAGAGUGGGCCAUUACAUGGACAUGAACCAAAAUUCAUCAGUGUCCCAGAUAGUUAACCCAACCCAGACUUUUUUAAGCGAGCAAGACAUGAAAAAUGGGUUUGUUCCUUUACAAUCUCCCCAGUAUGAGUUGCAGGAAUCUUACCCAGAUAUGAGAACACUUCCACAGUACACAAAUUUCCAUAGACACAAAGUUGUUGUGUCCCACCCAGGCAUGAGUCAUCCAGCCCCCAACGAUUUAUUUAGACCCGCCGCCUUCCCAACAUAUACACCGAACCAGACCGUCAGUUCUGAAAAUUCAAAUGGGAAACGAGCAGGAAGCACCAGAUCUGAUAGCACCAUAUCAGACACCACGAGGGCAGACAGUACCAGGUCAGAUGUCACCAGGUCAGAUGUCACGAGGUCAGGAUCUGACAGGGAUCAGAGGUACAACUACAUUGACAACAACCAAGUGACAUCUGUUAAAGAGGACGACGCCAUGAAGGAAGAACUUUCUAGACUGGAGGGGUGGUGUCCAUGGGCACAUGGACAGAACAUUAUUCAGACCAUGGAAAAAUAUAGAAAAAAAGAUGGAUGGUUUUGCGUGUGGAAGUCACGGCGUCAAAAUCGUUAUAUACUCACUGUGAGCCACAUGGAAAAAUUGAUUCAUCUGGAAGUUCUGGAAAGGCGAGACAGCAACUCAGUCAAAAUGUAUUUCUUAUUUGAACAUGGUCACAGGUACAACAGUGUGAAAAGUUUGAUAGACCACUACCGGCAGUCUGGAAUACAAACAGCAGUCAAAGCAGACGCCUCAAAGAAAAAGUACAAAGAAACUAUCCAACUGUUACAUCCAGUAAAAAAAUAGUGUUUGAAAAACCGUAUAAAGUCCUACCACUAAUGUGCUCUACAUAUGAUUGCAAUACCUUUUCUAAACAUUACUGUCAAUUUGUUUAAACAAUAUAUUUAUUGUCAUUCUGUGAAAUAUGUGUUGUAAAUAAUGUAAAAAGGUAUGAGUUACCAGAACGACAAAAAUUCUGUGAUAAAGUAAUUGAGAGAAAAAAAAAUUAUUUACUGAUAAUAUAUUUGAAAUUUAAAAAUCCGGCUAAAAUGGUUUUUGAAUAUUGAUGACUUAAAAAAAAAAACAGCUAAAAAGAAGACAAAAUUGUUUUUUUUAAAACACGGAACAAUUUUCAUUAUUGUAACAAUGUUGGAAUGUUUUUGACAAUAGUGUGUUGUUUUCUGUUGUAUACCUACCAGUCUGCAUUCUUGACCAACUUCUAUGAAAGGACAGUAUAGAAACUUUGAUGCUGUCCUAAAUGUCCUUUGUCUGCAUUCCAUGACCAUCUUAUAAAUGACAGGCAAUACAGAAAAUUUAAUGUUGUCUUUAAUGUUACUUGCAUUCCAUGACCAUCUUGUAUGUGAUCUUGCAAUAGUGAAUGUAUCACUAUACUGUCUUAGAUAAGUUGCGUAGAAUAUUUAUCCAUGCUAUUGACAUAAGCCAAUGUACUCCAGCAAUGGCCCAUAAACAACAUAACAUAGUCGUACCUGCAUACCCAACCCUAGAUAUUGAUGUAGUGAGAGAUAUUUUCCAAAACAGAAAAAUAUAAUUUUAAUUUAGGAAAAAUCUUUAAAAUAGGCUGGUCUUAGUCUUAACCAAAUGAUACAGACCGGCUGAAACACUAGAACGACCUUUAUCGUUACAGUAAAACUGGUCUAAUAGUCACACUGAAUUCUUAAUUAGUGAUGCAUAUUGACAGAUCUAAUGUUGCUUAUGGUUGCCACUUAAUAUUGUCUACUGGUAUUUUAUUCACUCUCUUUUCUAUUGUAGUAAUUUGUGUAUUAUGAAAACAAACACAAGCAGUUGCUUGUUUGUUUGUAUGUAACCUGAUAUCUGGUGUGAUUCUAGCUGGUCAGCGAAUUAUUAAAUUAACAAACCUCAUAUUUUCUGGCUGUUUACCAUUUAAAAAAUGUUUUCAGCUUUUAGGAAUUUAUUGUUUUGAAAAGUACAUUUUGUCCCUUGAGAGAUUUUUUCCCCCUAUAAAUUAAUUUUUCUUUACUUAUUUAAAUUGUUUAAAAUAUUUUGUAUUCAAUUCUAUAUUUAUUUAAAUUGUUUAAAAUAUUUUGUAUUCAAUUCUAGCAAGUUGUUGGUCUGAAGCUGAUUCUAGUUUUGACACUGACUUACCUCUGCCUGUUGUAAUAAUAGUAAAUUAUUCUCUUAUGUAGCAGGAAAUAAAAUUAUAUUGUUAUAUCCGAGUUCUUUUGCUUUGCAUCACUUAUUUCACAGAAAGAUGGAGCCACUCAUAAUGUUAAAGAAAUGUAACAUGAAUAUUGUAAGGUAAGGUAAGUGAAGU